UCAAGCGACACGCCCCCACACACGCGAGUCGUGGAAAGAUGGCGGCGGAGAGCUCGGUACCCAGCGAUCUGUUCCAGCACAUUUAUUCAUUUUUAUCAGAGAAUAAAUUCUCAAAGGCAGCAAAGGAGUUCCUAAAACAGUCUAAAGUGAAACCCCAGGACCAAAAUGAAGAAAGCCUCGUUGACAUCUUCAAUUUCUGGGUGAAAUCACCUGAAGCGAAGAAGCGCAAGGCUGUAACUAAUGGUCCUGAGACAGCCAAUGGUCCUUCAGCCAAGAAGGCCAAGAAGGAUGCCGAGAGCUCCAGUGAGGAGGAAUCGAGUGAUGAAGAUGAGGCACCUCCAGCGAAAACACCGCCUGCAGCAGCCCCUGCUCCAGCCAAGCCUGCGGCAGCUAAGGCAGAGUCCAGCAGCAGUGAGGAUUCCAGCGAGGACGAAGCAGAAGCGAAAACUCCUGCAAAGAAAGCGGUUGCUGCUCCCUCUCCAGCCCCCACCGCGUCACCAGCUGUGGCGGCCAGGAAGAAGGACGCCAGCUCCAGCAGUGAGGAGUCUGACUCUGAAGAUGAAGCUCCAGCUAAACCAGCUGCAGCUGCCCCUCCAAAGGCUGCGGCCGCUGCCCCUAAGACAGCAGCUAAGAAGAAAUCGGAGAGCAGCAGCAGCGAGGACAGUUCCAGUGACUCUGAAGACGAGGAGCCAGCUAAGGCCCCUGCUAAACCCGCAGCACCAGUGAAGACCCCGCCCGCCAAGACCCCGCCUGCCAAGCCUGCCGCCCCAGCAGAGUCCAGCAGCGAGGACGAGUCCUCUUCAGACGAGGAGGCGGCCCCCCCCACCAAGAAACCCAAAGCCGGGCAGUACAGUGCUGUACCUCCCCCGUCUGCUGUGAAGACCAGCUCCACCCCAGCAGGGGGCAAGAAGGCCCCAGUAAAGGGCAAGAAGGCCCCAGCAAAGGGCAAGAAGGCCCCAGCAAAGGAGGAGUCCUCAGACAGCAGUGAUGAGGAGGAGGAGGAGGAGAAGGCGGCGGCACCUGUCGCUGCAGCCACCAAGACACCUCCACCUAAGCCUGCUGCUGUUGCUGCAGCUGCCAAGAAAGACGAGUCCAGUUCAGAUUCUGACUCCAGCUCUGAGGAUGAGGAAGAGCCAAAGGUUGCCGCUAAAGCGCCUCCAGCUGCAGCCAAAACCCCGCCCGCCAAAGCCGCCCCUGCGGCUGAGGAAGAGUCCUCCUCCUCCAGCUCGGAAGACGAGGAAGAGGCUCCGAAAAAGCCCGCCGCCAAGGCUGCCGCCCCUGCAGUGAAGGCUCCUGCGGCCAAGGCUAAGGAGGACUCGUCGGACAGCUCCAGCUCGGAGGAUGAGGACGAGUCUCCCCCCGCCAAGGCUGCUCCUGCUAAGGCUGCUCCCGCUAAGGCUGCUCCUGCUAAGGCUGCUCCCGCUAAGGCUGCUCCUGCUAAGGCUGCUCCCGCUAAGACGACUCCAGCAAAGGCCGCAGCCCCCACAACGGAGGACUCUUCAUCGUCCAGCUCUGAGGAUGAGGAAGAGGAAACCCCAGCAGCUAAAGCCACCCCAGCCAAGGCUACUCCCGCUAAGGCUACUCCCGCUAAGGCUACUCCCGCUAAGACUACUCCAGCGAAGGCCGCAGCCCCUGCAGCCGAGGAAGACUCUUCAUCGUCCAGCUCCGAGGAGGAGGAGGAAGCUCCAGCAGCCAAGGCCACCCCAGCUAAGGCUACUCCCGCUAAGACUACUCCAGCGAAGGCCGCAGCCCCUGCAGCCGAGGAAGACUCUUCAUCGUCCAGCUCCGAGGAGGAGGAGGAAGCUCCAGCAGCCAAGGCCACCCCAGCUAAGGCUACUCCCGCUAAAGCUCCUGCCCCUGCCGCCGCUGCUGCAGAGGAGUCUUCCUCUUCGGACAGCUCGGAGGAUGAGGAAGAGGAGGCGCCUGCGAAGGCAGCCCCUGCUAAAGCUACGCCAGCCAAGGCCACCCCAGCUAAAGCUGCACCUGCGAAGAAAGAGGAGUCCUCCAGUUCAGACUCUGACAGCUCUGAAGAUGAGGCCCCAGCUGUACCUGUAGCGGCAGCUAAACCUGCAGCCAAGCCUGCAGCAGCAGCAGCUGCCCCAGCAGCCGCCAAGGCAGCAGAGAGCAGCUCGGACAGUGACAGUUCAGACGAAGAGGAGCAGCCAGCAGCCAAGAAGCCUGCAGCUGCUGCUCCCGCUCCACCCGUGAAGGCUGCCGCCCCACCCGCUAAAGCAGCAGCAGCAGCAGCAGCAGAAAGCAGCUCGGAUAGCGACAGCUCUGAGGAGGAGGAGGAAGCCGCUAAACCCGCAGCAGCAGCAGCCACACCGGCCAAAGCCACACCGGCCAAGGCGGCCGCCCCACCGGCUAAAGCCGUGGAGAGCAGCUCCGACAGCGACAGCUCCGAGGAAGACGAGGAGCCGCCGGCUAAGAAGCCAGCUGCGGCUGCCGCCGCCGCCACACCACCGGCAAAGCCCGCGAAGGCCGCCGCACCACCGGCUAAAGCAGCAGCCGCCGCUGCCACGGAGAGCAGCUCUGAUUCCGACAGCUCGGACGAGGAGGACGAGGCCCCUGCGGCAAAGGAGCCGGCAACCCCUGCGGCAAAGAAGCCGGCAACCCCUGCGGCAAAAACGCCGCCCGCCCCCGCCACACCGAAGGCAGCCGCCGCCGAGUCCAGCAGCAGCGAUGACAGCUCCAGCGAUGAGGAAGAAGCAGCGAAGCCCGCUGCCGCCGCCGCCACGCCUGUGUCCACCCCCAAAGCUGCGGCAGCGGCCGCCAGCAAAGCAGCGGAGAGCAGCAGCAGCGAGGACGACUCGGACAGCGACGAGGAGACAGAGGCCAAGGCCGCCACGGGCAACGGAAAACCGGCGCCGGCCAAGACUCCUCCGGCCGCCGCCAAAACUCCUCCGGCCGCCGCCAAAGCCCCCGCCGAGUCGUCUUCCAGCGACGACAGCUCCGACGAGGAAGAGCCUGCAGCUAAGCCAGCGGCAUCGACUCCGGCCGCUAAAAGCACACCUAAACCUGCGGCCACGCCCGCAGCCAAGGAGGAGAGCAGCUCGUCCGACAGCUCAUCUGAGGAUGAGGAAGAGGAGGCCAAGACGCCAAAGACGCCAAAGACGCCCGUCACUCCCAAGACCCCAGCAGUGACGCCCAUCGCUAACGGUACAAAUGGUAAACGGACGAGAGAAGAGGAGGAGGAGGAAGAAGAGGAAGAAGAAGAUGAUGAAUCAGCAGCAAAGACGCCCCAAAUGAAAAAACUGAAGGCCUCCACUCCCCACUCGUUCCCUAAGGCCAAUAAAAAGAAUGCCAAUGUCCCCUUCCGAAGAAUAAGAGAAGAGGAGAUUGAAGUGGACCCUCGAUUCGCAGACAAUUCUUUUGAUGCAAAGAGGGGAGCCGAUGGCAGCUGGGGCCAGAAGGCCAAUAACGUGCUCAAGUUCACCAAAGGCAAGUCGUUCCGCCACGAGAAGACCAAGAAGAAGCGAGGCAGCUACGUGGGCGGCGCCAUCUGCACCGGCGUCCACUCCAUCAAGUUUGACAGUGACUGAAAGGCCCGCCUGUUCCCUCGCCCUCCCCCCCUCCCCUGGACGUCUCGGUUGAACUCGGCUCCUCUCCCCCCAACAGCUCUUAGCUAGGACUGUCUAAGUUGGCUGACCCCCCCCCCCCCACCCCACCCCUGUCCGACAACAAGACUUCUCCACCCCACAACCUUAUCCCUCUCACUCUCCCUGGCAGGCACCUCAAGCUGGUACGUGGCUGGCCGGUCUCGCUCUUGCUCUGCGGUUUGACCGCUGAGGCAGGGCCGCCGGCGUGUAAUAGCGAGGUGGGCCGGGCCAGCGCUGCAGUGGACAGGCCCCGAGGGCUGCUGGGCAGUAGUGCCUCCACGCAUGCAGGGUGUUUGGCCUUUCCGAUGACUUACCAGCUGGCUGCAGUAGCGGCUUUUGCCCACCAGAUGGAGUCAGAAGGACACUUAAAGAUAGCGGUUUGAAUGAUGUCGAAUAGAUGAUUGGAAUUUCUUUUCCUCUUUUUUUUGUUUCUUAAAGGUAAUUUAGCCUCUGGGAAUUUUGGAUAGUCUUGCUUGAAUGGAGAGAUUUUAUUUUAUACAAGUUUGUUAGUUGGAUGUUGGUUUGUGCUCAAUUUCAUUUCAAGGGUGAAUGUUUGUCAAUGUUUUUGCUCUCAUGACGUCACAUUGGAUGUACCGUUUUGUCAGCUUUCUCAUUUUGGAGUGGUUAAAGAAUAUUUUACUACAAUGUGAAGAUCAACUAACUGUGUUUCUGUUGAAGAUAAAACUUAAGUUGAGUCUCAAUGACUACACCACAGGAGCAAGCUGUUUCUGUUUUACGUACUGUAUAUAUUUAUAAGUCUGCUUGCAUAUCAUGGGUAUAGUUGUAUUCACUGUACACCUUCAGAAGCCAUAGAUUUUGCUACAUGUAGGUUUGACUACUCUAGUAGAGGUCAGUUCUUGGACACCAACUAACUACCAUGCACAAGCACACCUUGAUAAUGAGCCAUCCCCGUACUAUGGACCUACUAAGCCUUUUUAUUUCGAUAUGAACUAUUUUACUGACGACUACGGUGUUGUACUCUCUCUUACUUUCUCUUGCUCUAGUCAUCAUCCAUUAAAGGCGAAAGAAAGAAA